GACCGAAAGACCGAUCCCGCGAAGCCACGCCUCUUUCAUCUUUACUGCGCCCGCAGAAGAAGCGCCGGCACUCUUCUUCAAGCCCUCCGCCGCCAAUCCGUCAACCCAAGCCCUCAACCUCAACUUUGACUUCGCCUUCACAGGCCACAAGAUCAGCACAAGACCAAGACGCCGGGAAAGGGAAAUGCAAGGCAAAGCCACUUGCGAGUGAACCGACCCAAUCUGAGCUGCUCACGCGUGAAGAGAUCCGGGUUCUACGUCAAGAGCUCUCCAAGGCGUGCGGCAUGAACAUCACAAGCCAGGGCAGCAGCUUCGGCCUCGGCGGGAGCACGAGCGCUCUGCAAAGCCGCUCGGUCAUGCCCGCGCAGACGGCUAGGAGGGGCGCAUCCCUUGCGAACCCAAACAAGAAAGCAAGAUGGUACCAGGCUGUUGAGUUUGCGAGCGACAGCAGAGAAGAAUAGGCCUUUCUCCUAAGCUCCAGCGCAUGGAGGAUUUGUAUCUCUUGAGCCGGCCGUAAGUUGGUGGUUCUGUGCUUUGUUGGAAUCCUACUGAUCGCAAGGUUGGUGAUAGUGUAUUGCCGUCGUUAUAGCCGUAGCACUUGUGUGUGUACUGAGUUUAGUUUUAGCUAUGUAUGGCGAGCAGGUGUGUGCUCUGCUUUUUUCUGUAGCCCAA